AUGGAAAACACUUUAUUCAACAUCAGUGCCAAUGGUAGCAGCAAUACCCAGAAUGCUCUGACAUGGAAAGUUGUCCCAAAUGAAUUGACUAUGGCGAUGUUCAUCAUCUUUUUCAUCUUGAUUGUAUGCGGCAAUAUCUGGGUAAUGAUCGCUGUAGUUCGCCAGCCUAAACUACGUAAAUCAUCGACUUGUAUGUUCAUUAUUUCACUCUCUUUCUUCGAUCUUAUGAUGGCGUUUUUCUACAUUCCGAUGCAAGUGGCUUACGUGGGUUUCGGCUUGACUGGAAUGAGUAGCGUAGUGCUGUGUAAGGGGUCAGCUUGGCUACAAUGGGUUGCUCAGCGUGCCACGAUAUUUUCUUUAAUCGGAAUAGGAAUCGACCGAUACCGAGCAAUAAUUCAACCAUUUCACCCUAAAUUGACAAGAACAGAUGCCGCUGUGUGUAUUGCUGUAACAUGGAUUUGUGCCGGCGCAUAUUCUAGUCAUCGAAUGUACGUAUUGGACAAAGUUACAUUUACAUAUCCCGUAGGUUUCAAUGUGACUGUAUCUACAUCAGUAUGUGCAGUGCCAUCUGAUAAAUAUAACUUAUUAAAUUAUCUUUAA